AUGCGUCAAUGGCGUUUUGCUGCCUGUGCCUACUCUGACUCCGCCUGUAACCAUCACAGCAUCCGCAUUCUGCACCUUCCUUCUCCUUCUCCUGCGAAUACAACCGAGGUAAUUCUGAUCGAAUAUGACUCUAUUGUUCAUUCCCCCCGGACCCGUUUAUCCACCGCCACCUUGUCUCUCGAGCGGACACAAACGCGAAAUCUGAAUAAGGCAUCCCAGCCUGCGCGCCUGCCAAGUGAUUGGAGGUUCGAUGACUCACAGCGCCAUCCCAGACUGGUUCCUCUCUCUCCGCUUCUAAAUGCAUUCGAGUGCGAGGUCGCGAGUCUCAGGGCUCAGUUGUGUACUAAGGCCGCGAUGGCUGGUAAGAAAUUCUCAAUGUGCAAACAUCAACUCCUACUUUCCGACGUGCUGGAUGUUCUUGAGACCGAAAUGAAGGCUUUCCGUCUUCGCAUUAUUCAGCUGUCUACCGUCAACUACGAAUCCUCUACGCCGGGAGCGGACUCUCAGGCUAUUCCAGCCGAAGACCAGAAAUAUGUUUUGCUUUACAGUGCUCUAGAAGAAUGGGCUUUAGUAGAGGAACAUCUUCGCAAACCUAUAAGGUCGGAUGCACACAACCUAUCACCUUUAUGCCACGACCAUCUUCGACUUGCCACGGUGUUAGACCACAUACAUGCGUACAUGGGACUGUUUGAGCGUGGGAUAAACUUUGAGGGUGAUUUGGCUUUCAGGUUUCGAGGCCAGGCAAAUCCGUCGUCUAUCUAUCUUAAGGGCAAGAAUAGAAUAGGCCAAAGCUUUGUGCAGACCAGUGACAAUGAGCCACCAAACAGAGGUGCCCCUUAUGUCCAUCUCAACACGGGAACAAGCGCGGCCAGCCACUGUCACGAGUGGCACCUCACUGGGGCCCUUUCAGAUCAGUCACCAACGCUGAGGAGGCGCAAGCCUUAUCAUCAGGUAUCUGCUACGGAAAUGUAG